GUCUGGACAAGAACCCAACUUUUCUAAGGAAACAAACAAGGAUUUUCCGCGAACAAAACCGACUUCGUGCAGUACUAUUAUGGCGUCCGUUUGGAAUUUUUGAAACUAACCGACUCAGUUGACAUCUUAUCGGAUUCGGGCUUCAGGGCUGAUUUUGGAUCCGGGAAGAAAAAUGGAGGGUGAAUCGAAUUCUGGGUUACGGUCGGCGUUUCUGACGAAGAGCGAGAGCGGCAGAAGUGGGCGGUUCGGUCGCCGUAACUCGGUGAACUCGCUUAGGAACGAUUUUUUGUUGAGGUUGCCGGACAAGGUUCGAGCAGGUCUCGACGCUGAAUCCCCUUACGACAUUGAUGUCUCCAAAACCAAAGGCUUAAGUUCAGGUGUAAAGGAAUACUACAAAACACAAUUCGAGACAUUGAAAGACUUUGAAGAAGUCGAUGCUGUCGAUCCUUCUGAGACCACUGAUGGAGAACAUGAUGAUUAUGAAGAUGAAGAGCAGAUUCAACAUGAGAGAGCCAUGAGGAUUUCCAAUUAUGCAAAUAUCAUCUUGCUAGUAUUUAAGCUCUAUGCUACCAUAAGGAGUGGUUCCAUAGCCAUUGCAGCAUCUACAUUAGAUUCUUUGCUCGAUCUCAUGGCCGGCGGCAUACUCUGGUUCACUCACUUGUCAAUGAAAUCCACAAACAUCUACAAGUAUCCUAUUGGAAAACUAAGGAUACAGCCAGUAGGCAUAGUCAUCUUUGCUGCAGUGAUGGCUACACUAGGGUUCCAAGUGUUGAUCCAGGCUGUGCAGCAGUUAGUAGCAAAUGUACCUUCAGAAAAAAUGUCAGCAGAGAAGUUGCUAUGGUUAUACACCAUCAUGUUGACUGCUACAGUUGUAAAACUGGCCCUCUGGCUUUACUGCAGAAGCUCGUCGAACAAGAUCGUCCGGGCUUACGCAAAGGAUCACUAUUUCGACGUUGUAACAAAUGUAGUAGGAUUACUCGCAGCUGUUCUGGGCGAUAAAUAUUAUUGGUGGCUUGAUCCUGCUGGUGCUGUCAUCCUCGCAAUUUACACGAUAACGAAUUGGUCGGGAACUGUUAUGGAAAAUGCAGUUUCUCUAGUAGGGCAAGCAGCUCCUCCCGAGUUCCUACAAAAACUGACAUAUCUUGUCAUCAGACAUAAUGGAGUCAAGCGUAUCGACACGGUCCGAGCCUACACGUUCGGCGUUCUUUACUUCGUCGAGGUGGACAUCGAACUACCUGAGGAUUUGCCAUUGAAAGAAGCACAUCAAAUCGGAGAGACAUUGCAGAUAAAGAUCGAGAAACUUCAAGAAGUCGAGCGUGCAUUCGUUCAUCUCGACUUCGAAUGUGAGCACAAACCAGAGCACUCUGUUCUUAGUAAGCUACCCAACACUAAGGACUAAAAAUUAGCAGCACGAGUUUUUUCUUUUCUUUUUCUUCUGCAACUAU